AUGGCAUAUUAUACCAGCAACCAUUGCUAUACUGAUCAUGAAUCUGGUAUGUUUGUCGACAAAAACGAUUUAUCUACAGUCCGACCUUCAAAUCUCACCGAGGACACCGAGCCCUCGAUUGGUGACUCCCAGAUCGAACUGGAGAGACAGAGAAAAGCCCAAGACCAUGACAAGUUCCAUCGCCUUGGCUGGAAACGCCUUGUUGUUAUCCUCAUUGUGGAAGCCAUCGCCCUUGGAAGUUUGAGUCUGCCUGCCGCAUUCGCAACCCUUGGCAUGGUUGGCGGAGUUAUUGCUUCUGUCGGGAUUGGUCUCGUCGCAACAUACGCAAGCUACGAAGUCGGCGUAGUGAAAGUUAAAUAUCCAGAAGUUGAGCACUAUGGAGAUAUUGGAAGGCUCAUGCUGGGCGACGCGGGUUUCUGGAUUGUGACUGCGUGCUUCAUUUUUCCGAUCUCCUUGAAUGUGGGAUCGCAUUGUCUGACUGGUAUCAUUGCUCUCGUCAAUAUCACACAAAGUAGUAUCUGUACUGCGAUAUUUGGGCUGGUAUCGACAGUGAUUCUUCUUGUGCUGGCUCUUCCGCCCACAUUUGCAGAUAUUGCUAUCCUGGGUUAUAUAGAUCUUGUUUCGAUCCUUGGCGCCAUUGGAAUCACGAUCAUUGCUACUGGCAUCCAGAGCACUCAAGCAAGUGGUGGUGGUAUAACAGGCUCGGAUUGGUCUGCUUGGCCUAGGGAAGAUGUCGAUUUUAACUCGGCCAUGAUCGCUAUCAAUAAUAUUGUUUUCAGCUACACAUUUGCUGCUACCGUACCAUCGUUUAUGAACGAGAUGCACACACCGACGGAUUACGUCAAAUCUAUACAUGCGACAGGCUUCAUCCAAACUUCCCUUUACACGUUGAUCGGAGCCCUUGUGUAUGCCUUUGUGGGAAAGGAUGUGCAGUCGCCUGCAUUACUAUCAGCUGGGCCCCUGAUGUCGAGGAUCGCUUUUGGUGUUGCCCUUCCAGUCAUCUUCAUCUCCGGCUCUAUCAACACGAACAUAGCUGCUCGGUAUAUCCACACCUCUUUUUACCGAAACUCGGUUGAGCGUUACGUGAACACAAAAGCGGGCUGGAUAAGCUGGGUUUCUACUGUGACAAUAAUCACUUUCCUUUCAUGGAUAGUUGCUGAGGCCAUUCCGGUAUUUUCUCUCAUUCUAUCACUCUGCGCAGCCUUAUUCAGCUCCGCAUUGUGUUUUUACGUCCCGGCCCUUAUGUGGUUCUUUCUUGUUAAAGAAGGCAGCUGGGCUUCCUGGCACAACAUUCGAAGAGCUUCGGCUAACGGUAUCGUUUUUCUGUUUGGUAUCGGGAUUCUCGUAUGCGGGAUGUAUGCUAAUGGUGUGGAGCUGGUAAGUGUCAUGAUCAUAUAUCCCAUUCCACGCUAA